UUCAGAAUUGCGUUCUGUAAAUCUCAUUUGUUGUGUGAGUUCAUCAUGCAGAAUUCCUCGCCCCAAGAUAAAGGACCCAAGAUGAAAACUGUGUCCGGUCCAGGCGAUGCAAAGCAGCCAACGCCGUCUGCCCCAGCAGUGCCCGUCGCUACGUCGGGGUCGCCGGAUCCUGAGGCACCGGAGGCGGGAGAUCCCUCGAGGUCGCCAGGUCCUGAGGCACCGCAGGCGGGAAAUCCCUCGAAUGAUGCUGGCCCUCCUGCUGAAGUUGUUGCUCCAGUGAUUGCUCCUGAGCCACCGACACUAAUGAAGAACCGAGUGGUCGUAUACGGAACAGUUUUUUUGGCAAUCAUGUUCACUGUCAUCGUCGCGAGAUCGAUGAUGGUCCUCAGACAAGGUGAUGUCUCCACGGUGAACCCAAUAUCAGGCAGCACGCGAAAACAUGUCCCAGCUAAAACCACGGCGGCGCCACCAACCACCACGUCGACCAGCACAACCACGACGACUACGAAACCUCCCCUGACCGAUGAAGAACUGACUAAAAUAGCUGAAAGGCGACCCAUCACAGUCCUGUUCGUCGGCGACCGCGAAUACGACAGGAUAUCAAAGGAACAGUUCAUGAUAUACGCACAGAGCCACCUGAAUGUGAUGAAUGCAGCCUUUGCAAGUGUCAACAUCGAGCUGAAGAUGAAAGUGUACGACACCUACGUGAUGACUGACAAACAGCACACCACCUACCUUAUCGAAACACCGAUAAAUAACAUCCCAGCCAUAGACGGAGCGAAGACCCUGGGUUCACUUGCGACAGCAUUUAAAGAGUUUCCCGGGGGCAAUGAAUCUGACAUUGUGUUCGCAUUCUUGAGCAAGGGUGUGACAUUCGACAGAGUCAAAACGCUUUGGAAAGGGUACAGCAACAUGAGUGUUGGUGUUUGUGCGGGACGAGACAAGGUGGUUCUCUUCUUCGACACCCCCUUCUCCUAUAUAGCUAUAACCAGUAUGUGGCAGAUCAUCAUGAGAAGGAUUGCCAAGCCGGAUGGAUGCGGUGAGGAGCUGUACAAGUGCUUGCCCCAGAUCCUUCCCACAUAUAAGGAUGACUUGAAGGCAAAGCGGUGCCACAUGAGCAACGACACGAUGAUUGCGCCCAGAUUUUCGGGAGUGGUUGGCUACGACUUGAAAAACCUGUGUAAAGACAUACUUACUCCUUAUGACGCAAUACAAAGAAAAGUGGUUGAAACGAACUUAACUUGCUUGACCGGGUGUGGCGUACCUUGGAAUCUUCAGCUCUGGUUCCUUGCUCCAUGCUUGCCGACGCAGACUGUUGCUUCAGGAAAAGCAUGCUUCGACGACGACGUUACGCUGUGCUUCGCUGGGACAUGUGGAAAGAAAUACGGCGAGAUAAAAGCACUGUCCCGUAGCAACUGGCAUCAACCAGACACUUACUACGACGAAGACCACGCUUGUGAAAAAUAUCCUUGAGGCGACGUGACGUGGGCUACAAUUGCUACACUGAGGUGUCCUCUAUAUUGCUUUGGUGCAGCCAAGUGACUCGAUAACAGACUCAGCCUUCACGGCAUUGCGUCAUAAUUGUGACUCAGACGUGUGAUUGAAUGAGUGACUCCUUAACAUAUUGAUACUACAUCUCCACUUAUGCCUGAUAAUUGUUGGAAUUGUGCUACAUGUGAUACAGUGUAAAGUGGGACACAAUUGAGAACAAGGCUCAUUGUUAUACGGU